UCUGAGGCAGCGUUCAGUUUCGUUUGAGACUUUUGGCGCAGCGGUGACAGCAAAGGAAAUCAGGCCAAGCGCCGUGAAAAAUACGAGCAGGAAAGAAGAAGGCGAAAAACUCAAUUUUUCUUCAGGAAAACGAUUAUUUUGAAUUAAGGACAUUUACAAUUUUAAUGAAUUUUUCGCGGGUGAAACUUGAAGUGAAGUGAACUGUAAUUAGAAACUACCAGCUCGGUUAGCUAAGUGUUGUGGUUUUCGGAAAGGUACUUAAAAGUAUCCUGCUGGGCUGAAGUCUUGCACUUGCCGUCGCUAAUUGCGAGAUUUCAACUGCAACUGACAGGCGGCAAUAAGAAGAGCAGAAAAACUUUUGCUACUGCCGCCAAUUUCGAUAUCCUUGCCUCGCACUUCAUCCAAAUCCCGGGAAAUUGUUCGCCAGCGAGGCCUCAAGCUGGGCGAUUACCGCAAAAUGACACGUGUCAGGCGCAUUGUGCGCUUGGCCUAAAAGUAUGCUGCAUCAUUAGUGUCAGAGCGGAGGACUCCUCACACCAACACCAACGUCUACACCAACGACUACACCAACGAGACACAGGAAAACUGGGCUGGCUGCAGAUGCAAAAAUUGAAAAUGUAUGCUCAUUAGUAACGGCAGACGCGGUAAGCGGAAAAAACUAACAGCAAAAGCGCAUUGCAAGGACCAAAACGACAAGUUCCUAAGUCAAACGCCAACCCCAAAAACAACGACCAUUCAUAAUUAGCAGCAACAACAGUAAAAACGACAGCAGAAGGUGGCAGAUGGGCAGCAAGAGAGGACAGCUGCCAAAAGUCAAGGACGAGCUUUAAAAUAAUUCGCGAAAGCAUGGCCAACGGAAGUGACUCCAGUUAUAUCGAGCUCCACAAGAUGCCAGCAGCCUCAGCGAGCUGAUUCUGAGAACAAGACAAAUUAGAAUAGCUCGCAAAUUAUCGCCGGCGAAAUUUAUUCGAUUAGCAAUCUAAAAAGCAUACAGCCAGCAAAGAAGCGCCGACAGCGACAACAGCCGGCGGCCCUUUAAUUUGUCAAGCAUCCACCACCCCAUCGGACUUCCGCAAAAUCCAGCGCCUUAAGCCGACAAACAUCAAGUCAUGCCUGAGCAGGAUAAUUACGAUGAUGAGUUGGUCUCCAGCAAUCCCAACCAGAGGAAUUGGCGCGGCAUUCUCAUCGCGCUGUUGGUCAUCAUCAUUGUCCUGGCCCUGAUUGUAACUUCGGUGGUGCUGCUCACGCCCCCCGAUGAGGGCCCGCGGGUCAAAGGGCAGCGCAUCAAGCUGCAGGACAUCGUCGACGGGGUCUUCCUGCCGCAGCACUCCAACGGCAGCUGGAUCGAUGGCGAGGAGUUUCUGUACCAGGACCAUUUGGGUCGCAUCUGUCUGCUGAGUGCAGCCAAUCGCUCGGAACGUGUCCUCAUGUCCAAUGUGACAUUUAAAACCCUGGCACCCUUCACCUUCACCAUUUCGGCGGACAAGCGUUAUCUGCUGCUGGCCCAGAAUGUUGUGAAAUUGUUUCGGCACUCGUACUUGGCCCAGUACACCCUCUACGACAUCCAGACCAGCGAGAGCAUCAAGCUGCGCCACAGUCCGCACCUGGACGACUGGCCCUACCUGCUUUACGCCCGGUUCACCCCCGCCGGGAACGCCCUGGUCUGGGUACAGAACUACGACAUCUACUUUAGGGAGGAGGUGCGCAGCCCGGCGGUGCACCGGAUCACCCAUGACGCAGUGCCCGGAGUGGUGUACAACGGCAUACCGGAUUGGCUGUACGAAGAGGAAAUCCUUCAUGCAAAUAAUGCGAUUUGGAUGUCGGACAAUGGCCAACUGAUGCUGUACGCCACCUUCAACGACACGCACGUCCAGGAGCAGCACUUCGCCUGGUAUGGGACGACGGGUCCCUCCGGCGGAGCGGCGGCAGCUGCAGCUGCGGCGGCCGGCGGAGGAGGGGCAGGAGCCGGAUCGGGGGGCGGGGGAGCGGGCGCCUCGUCGAGCGGCAGCCAUCCGCAUGCCAACCUGUACCCGGAAAUCAGGUCCUUACGCUACCCCAAACCUGGCACUCAAAAUCCCACAGUAACUCUACGAGUGGCCGACUUAAAGGAUCCACAGAAUGUACGCACCACCGACCUUCACCCGCCACAAAUUUUGGCUCAUGAGGAUCACUACUUCAGCAGCGCCAGUUGGGUGAGUCACUCCAAGAUAGCGGUGGUGUGGCUCAAUCGUCCGCAGAACAUCUCCGUGGUCAGUGUGUGCAAGGCUCCGUCGUUCGAGUGCAUUGAGACCCACCGGGUGAGCGGGGACGGACGUGGCUGGGUGGACACUGUCGCAGUGCCACUGUUUGCCGCCAAUGCCAGCAUCUACGUGGCCAUCUCCCCGCUCCGAGACGGCCUGUUUGGAUAUUUCCGGCACAUCGUGCACGUGGACAUCGACAAGAACCGGGUGCUGCCCCUCACCCACGGGCCGUACGAAGUGAAUCGAUUGCUGCACUGGGACCAGCUGGAUAAUUGGAUCUACUUCCUGGGCACUCCGGAGCGCCUUCCCUCGCAGCAGCAUCUGUAUCGCGUAUCCGCCCUGCCGGCACGCCAAGGUCAGGCCCUGCACUCCCCCGACUGCCUCACGUGUCCGGCGGUGACGCAGUGGGCCGAGGGCUAUGACGAGGGCCACACCAAGUCGCCGCCCAAGCUGGUGACCGCCUGGGACGACGACUGGGAGGACUCCGAAGAAGCUGAGGCGCAGCCGCCGCAGCCAGCACUGCCGGUGGAGCAACAGCAACCGGGCAGGGGUCAGAGUGCUCCUCUGCCACCACCUCCCAGUGACUGCCUGUUCCACGAGGCACAGUUCCCGCUCUCCCGGCAGGCAAAGUACGUUCUGGUCGACUGCCUGGGUCCAGUGGUACCCACCUCGAUUAUCUACGGCCUGAAGUCCACCGCCCCAGAAGCGGCCAAGGUAAGGCGGAGGAGCACUCAGCAGGAGGUACCACCCACGGAGGGGGGUGGGGAGAAAGGGCCGGAAGAGCCGAAGUCACAGUUUCUGGAACUGCUGGUCACCGUGCAGAACAACACCCGGCUGAAGGAGAAGAUGGCCAAGACAGCCAUGCCGCAGAUUAAGACCUUUCCCGUAAUGAUCUCCGGCGGGUACCAUGCCCAGGUGCGGCUCUUCCUUCCGCCCGUUCUGCGCGAGGACGAGAUCACACGCUAUCCCACCAUCCUGCACGUGUACUCGGGUCCGGGCAGUCAGCUGGUCACCGACCGCUGGCACGUCGAUUGGAACACCUAUUUGGCCGGCAGCAAGGACUACAUUGUCGUGGAGAUCGACGGCCGGGGAUCCGCGGGCCAGGGCUACCAGCUGCUCCACGAGGUCUACAAGCGUCUGGGCAGCGUCGAGGUCUCCGACCAACUGGAGGUCAGUGAGUACCUUAGGGACAACCUGCACUUCAUCGACUCACGACGGAUGGGAGUCUGGGGCUGGAGCUACGGCGGAUAUACUGCCGCAUUAGCACUGGCCGGACAGCAGUCGAUUUUCCAAUGCGGCAUCAGUGUAUCGCCGGUCACCAAUUGGAAGUUGUACGACUCUACGUAUGCCGAACGCUAUCUGAGUUUUCCAAACGUGACGGAUAACUACAAGGGCUACGAGGAAAGUGAUCUAUCGAAGUACGUGGACAAUCUGCGGGAUCGCCAGUUCCUGUUGAUCCAUGGAACCGCCGACGACAAUGUGCACGUGCAGCAAUCGAUGGUGCUGGCCAGAUCGCUUACCAGCAAAGGGGUGCUUUACAAGCAACAGAUAUAUCCGGACGAGGGACACAGCUUGUCGGGGGUAAAACGGCAUUUGUACCGCUCGAUGACCGCCUUCUUUGAGGAUUGCUUCAAGAAGCUGAUUGAUCAGCAACAACAAAAUCAAUCAGAUUCCAUGGAUUUUCUGGACUUCCAUAGUUUUUAUGGGCGCUAAGUUUGAUUCCAUAUCCCACAUCCUUCAGAUAAUAGGUGCCGCCGGAAUCGAAGGCUGGUCUGGGCAAUGGCGGCGAUAUGCAACAGUAAUAAACAUGAAUUAUGGAAUCAGCAACACCCAGAAUAAAAUAUAAGCAACGUAAUUCUGAUAACAAAACUUCAACCGGAACGUGCGAACGAAAUGCUUUUGCAAAUUGCAUUAAAUGUGAUUUAUCAUAAACACACACACAGAACUCAGACGCGCACACACACACACACACACACACAGAGCUGUUAAAUGGCAACUCAAAUUGCCGACCAGCACCAACACCAGCAAGGACAACUAAGUUAAAUGACAUUUUGUGUAAAAUUAAUAAGGAAAACAGCAGCAGCGAAAGCGAAAUGCCGAGUAAGUGUGCACAAAAAGAAGCACAAACAACAAACAAACCAAUGUAUGUAUGUGCAUGCAGACAGAGCGAACAAAAUCAACACGGUUGUGAAAACAUAACUCACACAGGCACAGACCCCGACACACAUACACAGAAAGAGAAAGCGAAUCACAUACACGGAAACACAAGCACAAUCGCAGAGAGAGCACGCACAAAAGUAGGCAAUGAAAAUUUACACAUGCCACUUCUCUCCAGUGGUGACAGGUGUGACAUUUCAAUGCCCUGACAGCUCCCAAAUAGUCAGUACUUUAGCGUUUUCUUAUUUUAUCAAUACUUUUUAUUUUAUUAAUAUUAAUUAUAAUUGAAUUUAAUUUAAAGUUAGAAUGAGCUUUUAACAACAAUUUCCUUUUCUUUUUAAGAACUUAAGACUCAAAUGAAGAGAAUGACAGAAAAAUCACAACGGUUUUGAAACGGUUUGCAAUGAAAAAUAGGUAAUGCAACUAUCGGACUUCCUGAUCAAAAAUAUAUAUAUAUAUUGCUUACA